AUGUCCGACGAUUACGCCCGAGCAUUGGAAAUCCAGCGGCGCAAUUUCGAGGCCCAGUUCGGCUCGCUCGAGUCGAUGGGCUUCCUGGAUAAAACGGUGCAGCCUGAGGACAGCAGCAGCGAGAGCGAACAUUCGGCAAGUGGAAGCGGCGGCUCCAGCAGCGGCGACGAGGACAAGUUUGGCGGCUUCGACAGCGCAUCUGAGGAAGACUCCAGCGACCUGCCCGGGCCCACAUCCCAGCGCGGCAAGCUCUCGGUGACGCCCAAAAUCGGCAGCGUUGCCAAGCCCAAGGUGGUGCUGCUCACGGAGCAGUUCACGCCGCUGGCACCGCCCAAAAAAGACCGCAGGUUGGCCCGCUCGGGCCGCGUGCCCACCAUCCGCGAGCAGGAGGAGAAACAAAGGCAGUUGAGCAAGCUCACGAAGAAGCAGCAGCAGCAGGCGGCCAAGGAGGACCUGGAGAAUUUGGAAAACGACCUCAAGCUCCAGCGUCUCUUGAGCGAGUCCCAUAUUUUGGCGCACAACGUGGAGCAUUCGGGGGCCGACUUGACGCUCCAGACCAUCGACUAUGAGGCGCCCGUGGGAAACGCCAGACGCCGGAUCUUGGAUCAGCGGAUCCGCGAGGCUGCGGCCGUCAACUCUGCCACGCGAGGCCUCCCCAAGAAAUUGGAGAAGAUGCCCAUGGGCAUGCGCAAAGGCAUGAUCCGGGCCCGCGAUAACCGAGUGGCUGACUACGAGCGAGAGGCCAAGGAGGCGGGCAUCAUUUUGUCGCGUGUCAAGAAGGGCGAGGUGCGGAACUUGGACCAGGGCCGGGGCGCCACCUUGGUCAGUGACCGGCUCGGCGUGGGCAAAAAGGAGGGCAGGCGCAUCCGAGACCGGGGGCUCCGCAUCAACAGUGUGGGCAAGUCCACCCGGAACGGGCUCCGGAUCUCGCAGCUGGAGAUCGACCGGGUCAACAACAUGGGUAACCGGCGGAGAAAGUGA